AUGGUGAUUUCGAGUUCAGAAUCGCAAUUUCCUGCUGUUAAAGCAAGUGUUCCAAUGGAGGUUGAGUUCGUGAGAUGUGAUUCAUGUGGAUUCACAGAGGAAUGUACUCUUGCAUACAUUUGCCGAAUUCGAGAGCGCUACAGUGGAAGGUGGAUAUGUGGCCUAUGCAUUGAAGCAGUGAAAGAUGAAGUUUUGAGAUCAGAGAUGCUUAUAACUACUGAAGAAGCUUUGAACAGGCACAUCAACUUCUGCAAAAGCUUUCGAUCUUCAUCUCCUCCUGCGAGUGCUACAGAGCAUCCAAUCUUCGCCAUGGUACGAGUUCUUAGGAGAAGUUUGGAUUCUCCGAGAGCUCUCCGAUCAACACCUACCAGUCCUCUUCUACAGGUCCCUUCUCACUCGCUGUCAUAUCAGGAAGAGAAUAGCUUUCUACAGGUACUCAGCUAUGCUAAGUUUUCUGGUGAUGCAUGGCUAUCAAUAGAUAGGACAAGAAGCAUGUGGGACAGACACAUGGACACCCACAGGUUUGGCUAUGGCCAUGAAUUUUGA